AUGUCACGGUCGAGGACCACCGGUGAGAGUCGCCUUCAUGGGGGACCGUCUCUGGGAGAUCUCCUGACAGCUCGUCCCUCGGGCCUCAUAGAGCCCGAAUCGUGGGCUAUUCUGUGCCAAGCCGUUCAAGCCCUACAAGAUCUGUUCCUAUCCGAUGGUGCUUCCGGUAAUUCGUGCAUUCCCUUAGUGACUCCUUCAACCCUCAUGCUUUCAAGUAGGGGCAGAGUGAAGCUGUGUCAAAGCCAUAAUGCUUUUGGAGACGGCCCACCUGCUCACCUGGCAGGCUAUUUGGCACCUGAGUAUAGGCCAAACAAGCAGAGCUCCGACACCGAAAUGGAAAAGAUGUGGAUUUUUGCUCUUGGAGAGACACUAAAGAGGGCCACAUUGACUAGUCACGCGGCCACCUCUAGGUUAAGUGCAGAAUUGUGUCAGGUCCUGACGGAUAUGACUCGCCUACAGGCCUCAUCCAGAGCUUCCCUGAUGCAUCUCCUAGAUGUAAUUUCGGAAUAUUGUAAGAGAAAGCAACAGAAUCGCCCUUUCUCUCACAUAGUAAUGGAUUUACAUCAGGAGGCUAUGGCCGCUGUAGAACUGGCAAUGGAUACACCUUGGGGUCCUCCUGCUAUGCCCGAAUUAAGGCCUAGAACAAGAAACAGAUGCGAUUCCACCGCCGAUGGAUUUGGUACAAUUCCGCGGAGGUGGAUGGGCCUGACCCGCAACCACGAUGUCAAUUUUCCGAAAUUAACGAAGGAGGCGAGCACCAGCAUGGAGGAUUUGCAUUUUGGUAUGCAGGUGACGAACACCCCGGGCAACGUGCUUCGGCCUAAAUCCAUGUGUGUCCCAGACACCAGGUAUUACCAGGAAAUUGACGAUUUCCGAGUCAGUGAAAGACUUAAUAGUGAGAUUAAUUUAAAUACACGAGACUGUGUUAGUGGUAAUUAUUUAUUUGGUGCGUCCGGUCAGGCGUAUGGUGAUAAGGGAUCGAAAUUUUCGAGGCCUGGCAAUGGAAACGAUUUGGGCAACAACAGAAGACUGAAGGCAAGACGGAACCCCGUUCAGAGGGCCGCCUCGAGACUUUAUCGAGCUGGAAUUGACGUGCCAAUUAAUGGAGCCAGUUGUGCGCCAAACCGAGACUGUAUCGGGCCUGAAUUUGUCGUCAGAGCCUCACUGCCAAAUAAACAGCUUACUAUGCCGGAUACCAAGGGAAGUGGCAGAAAAACAAUUACAGUUAUCAUGCUAAAUGGGCAGAAACUGGAUGUCACUUGUAAUCCGAACUCGACUACCGCUGGACAACUCUUUGAGAUGAUAAUUCAAAAGGAACAUAUAGAGGAAAACUUCAUGCUAGGUCUGUCAGCGCUAAUCGCCGGUGACUUCGUUUUCCUUCCGUCGGACACAAGAAUUUGUAAGGCAUUCCAACCGGGUAACGCCCAGUGUGUUACUCUCACUUUAUUUAUGAGAGUCAGAUUUUUCCUGCCGAGCUUAAGAGGAAUACGCGGAUCCCAAGCAAGACACUUGUUAUAUCUGCAACUCAGGAGAUCGAUUUUAGAACACCAACUACCUUGCUCUUUUACGCAAAUAAUAGAACUUAAUGGCCUGGCACUUCAAGCUGAAUUCGGAGAUUAUAGUGAAAGGGAACAUGGAACAAGGGACUAUUUCCUUCUGGAGCAUUACGUCCCAGAAACAAUGUCGUGUGUAAUAGAAGACUCAAAACGAUUAAGACAAGAACUUAUUAAGGCACACAUAUCAAAAAAGGGUUUAGAUCCAGAAAAGGCUGAACAAGACUUCAUUACAUUUGCACAAUCACUACCGCAUUACGGGGGACAUUUCUAUACGGCUACUUGGGUAUUAAAAGAUAAUCAUAAAGACGUUUGGUUGUACAUAAGUUCUCAAGGAAUCAAUUUAUAUGAACGUGGUCAAACUACAAGUCAUUUUGGGCCUCAAUUGUAUGAAAUGUUCGAAUGGAGGAGUAUACAGACGUUGUGUUAUAGCAAACAUUAUUUGUGCGUGUUACCGCAUAGUAAUUUGCAUCAUGCUUCAAAGUUGAAAAAGUAUAAAUUAAAGAUGGAUUAUAAAAAGAGUUAUUUUACCUUUCGAUUAGCAUCUCUACAUCACCAGUUUUUUCUGCGUUUACGGACAGAAUAUACAUCUCUCCAGAGCCUGUCGCAGCAGUUCGGAAUCCCUUUAAAGGACAUGAAAAAUGAAACAAACUCGUUAUGCAAAUUAGAAGGUCUCACCAACCCAACCUACAUGAUGUCUAAUAGCAUAAAAAAGUCAAAUUAUACUUGUAGCAAUGGAACUGUUAAUGCCGAAACAGAAUUCCAAAUUGAUUUUCGAGCAUCUUCUAGAUCGAGUGGAAAGACAACAAAAGAUGACAAUAAUUUUAGACGCACAAAGAGUGUCAAUGAUUUUGGUGAUUUAGAAGAUGUUAUAAAUGAGGACUAUCAAAAUAAGGAGAAUGAAAACCCUGGGCAGAAACCUCACAAGGGAUUAAUAUUAGAUAGUAGUUUUUUAUCAGGGCUUCCUCCUAUAAAUACCGUAGAGAAACGAAGAGGUGUAAAAAUGGGAAUGAGAGCUUUUAAUAAAGUGGGACCAAGAGUAUCCAGAUCUAUGGAAGCUGUGAAUGCGGCCAGUAAUGAAUACUUAGAAGAAAUGUCUUUGCAGUCUGUCUCAUUGCAUUGCAGUUCUACUUCUAUAUCAAGAUCCCCUACUAGAGAAUGCACACCAAAUGAAGCUUAUAUUUUAGAUUCUACUUUGAAAGCUUGCUCACAGCAGUUCUUACCUGAUUUCCAAGAAUCAGUAAGUGAAUCGUUACUAGAAAAACUAAAUAACAUGUCUUUUACGGAGGAGAGAAUUUUGCAUACAGUAACCGUUGAAAGAGACAGGAAAGGUAGCCUUGGCAUGCAGAUAACGGAAGGAUCAGAUGGAAACGUAUACAUCCAGUCAGUGAUCCUAGGUGGCCCUGCACAUCUGUCAGGAAAUAUAGUAAGUGGAGACCAAGUUGUGGCAGUAGACGGACAGUCGUUACUUGGUUUGAAAUACGUUCAAGCUCUAGAUGUGCUGAAAAACAGCGGUCGUAAAGUAGAUUUUAUAGUGUCUAGAAUAACGCCAGCUAGAUGCAAGAUUAAUAAUUCCAAUUUUAAUAACAGAAGAAAUUUUUCACAUAUUCUAGAACCCCAUAUCAGAAACAAUAAAGCUAAUGAUAAUAAAAUAUCAUAUCCAAAUAAUGUAAGUUCGAUAAGACCAACAUAUCCAAAAUGUAGUGACAGCCCCAUCGAAAAACACUUAACCGAGAGUUGUCAUGACAUUUCCAAUUUUCACAAAUACGGCAUUUCCACAAAAUACAAUUCAGAAGUACCAUAUCAUAAACAUAUCCGAUAUGAGAUAGAAACUGAAAGAGAAAAUGUUACAACAAGAAAGCUGACAAAAAGAUGCACUGAUAAUUUCAGCUUAAGUAAGAACCUCUCGAAAUCUUGCAGUCAUUUAUAUUCCGCGGAACGAGACAAAGCAGUUAUAGUGGAAAUGAUACCAAAACGUGAUGUGGAUCUAUCGAAUUUUCAUUCUCUGGACAGGCGGUACUUCAGAAGUGCCAAACCGUUUACUACGAAUUCUGAGAGAGAGUCAGUAUGUACUAUACCACCUAUAGCACUACCUCGCAGUUUAGGGCUUAGUAGAAAGUGGAGGGGACCUGUUCGUUAUCCUGUUACACCUGUUAAGAAAGUUAUGGAUAUGGACACGGAUAGCUGCACUUAUGUUUCAACGUCGGAUGAGGAACAAGUUUUUAUUUGAUUUAUAAUGUAGUUAAUAGGUAUGUAUUCCGAAUAAAUAUGGUAAUUAAAUUUGUAUCAGUAAAUUUAAAUUAUUAACAGCAAAGAAAUAAGUUCCAUUGAUUGGGAAGUUUUGUUUUUAGUUAAUCGUUUAAUUUUGUACUAACUUUUUGUAAAUAGAUAACAUUCUUACAAAUAUUAUUUAAUUUUUUUCAUAGGCGUGACUAAUUUUUUUAUACUAC